AUGGAGUACGCUCAGAAAUCGGUGCGGCUGCCUCGCAGUGCCGAGGAAAAGGAGCGGUGGAGACGCGUCAUCGUCAUCCUCGAGCACUGCCCGCUGCAGACAGUUCAAACGGACCGCGGCUUUGAGCUGCUGAGCGACCGUCACCGCGCCUACCACGCGCGGCACAAUCAGGACCCGGCAGACUGGCGUCCCGAUGUGGUGCACCAGUGUCUGCUUCACCUGCAGGACUCCGCGCUCAACCGCGCAGGCAUGCUGGAAGUAUUUCUACGAACAAAGAAGCACGUGUGCAUCGCGGUUGAUCCGCGUCUGCGCGUGCCGCGCCACGUGCGCCUGUUCGAGAAGAUGAUGGUGUCGCUGCUCUUCAAGCUCAAGGUGCGCGCGAGCACUGGCUACCUGUCCCUGCUGCGAGUUGUCAGCAACCCCAUAACGGACCACAUCCCCGCCGGCACUCAACUGUACCGUGUCGAAAAGGACGGCGACCGCAUCGACCCCUUCGCUUUCUGCGCCUCCUGCGGGUACACAGCCAACGUCUUCGACGAGCACCACACAGACCGUAAGAUCAGCCUCGCCCGUCGCCGUCUCACCUCCAGUACGAGCGGGACGCUGGAGGAGACGACGGCGGAAGCCGGAACUGAGGAAUUUGCCAAGGUGCAGCGCAAGGCCGCCGAGCGUCGGCAGUUCAAACCGUUCGCCUUCAUCAUCGGUGGUAUGUCACGCGGUGACGUAUCGGUCGACUACGCCCGCCCAGGCGAGGUGUCGAGCAUCCGCUUAGGGGAUCGUGGCAUGUCAGCGGCGGCGGUAAUUAGUACCUUACUGCACGGCUUCGAAGAGGAGUGGCUACGUGAGGACAACGAGGCGUGUUGA